UGUGCGUUACAUAUUUCGCUAGAGCUCGCGACUCCUGUGUCUUGUGUUAGUUGUGCUGUGCUGUCUUGUGUUAGUUGCCCUAGUAACGAGCUAAACGAAAAAAACACUACUCGGGUGCCAAGAAGCAAAAACGAAAAAAAGAACUGCACACUCUAUUGUCAGCAAUUCUGAGAACUAUUUACAUACUCGCCUGCCCGCAUAGUGCAGAAAAGUAUACUGGAACAGCAUAAAACACACAGUUUUGCUUAGACUAAUGCGCUUUGUUGAACAGAGAUAGACUCUAGGCUAGCGAACAGUGGCGCAUUAGAUGGCGCAACAACAAUUGCCUUCAACUUACUGCGGAUACGAGUGACGCCUAGCAUCUAACAGUCAGUCAGUGUUAAGACUGGUGCUGAAGUCGUAACAGAAAUUCAAAUUUGAAAAGUAGUCGAUAAUGAAAGCUCAAAGGAUUAACAUGCUUUCCACUAACCAAGAUCUAAGCUAGACGACUAUCAAGCAAACAAUUUCAGUGUUAAGCAGUGCCAAAUUUAAAUGUCAUUGAUUUGAGCAAAUCCUUUGAAACAGUGUGCAAGCAUUGUUUUGUUUCUUUAUUUCGAUUUUAUGUAACUUUUUUUAUUUGUGUUGCUCCAUAAAAUCAUUAACUUAAUUAUUUAAAAAUUAAGUGGUUUGUGCUUGGAUUUUUAACUUUUUUUUAAUAAACCGAUUUCAAAGUGCCAAAAACUAUUGGAAACCAACCUGCUCCAAGGAGAUUGUAGUAACAAAAAUUUUUAACUUGUAACGACAUAAAAUGGCUCCUCAACAAAAUUCCACACUUAUUGAUGAAAAUCUUGAUGUUAGUCCUUCGUUGAUUAAUAUACCGGAAGAAAUUAGUCAUUACAGUCCCAUAUUGCCACCAAAAAAUAAACACAAUCACGAUAAGGAUAAUAAAAAUAAUAACAACAACACCAAAAGAGACGACGUCAUCGGUAACAACAACAAUAACAUCAGUGGUCAUCAGCAAGAUGUCAACUUUGUACGUAAUUGGGAGCAAAUGGAAGGGGACAAAGGGCACUAUCACAAAAACAAACACCACCGCAGCGGAAGUUAUCGCAGUGGUCAUAGCAGGCGAAGUCGUUCAAUAUCUUUGUACGGAGUGAAUAGUACAAUUAAACAAGGGCAUAAGGAGAUCACAAUAUGGCUUGGCGAUGAACCACGAUACGUUUCUGGCGUUACCAAUAAAACUUCUUGCAAUGACAUAAUCAAAGCUUUGAUUGAUGAUGAAAUCCGUUGUGGCAAUUAUGAAUACUGUCAACGCUUAAAAGAUGGCACAGCAUCGCGUGACUACAGCGAUUACGUUAUAACGGAAUGUUGGCGCGGUAUUGAACGCAGCUACGAUGGCAAUAUGGCGAUUUUACCGGUGUGGAAUGCCUGGAGUCGUGUACACAAUGAGAUUCGAUUAAGUCUAAAACAUAGCAGGGACAUACUAGAUCCAAGCAAGGCCUUUAAGAACAAUAAUACCACACUGUCGAUCAUACGAAAUUAUAUUUGCAAAUUCCUUACAUUUGGCAAGAGAAAACCCUAUAAAACGAAAAAAACGCCAAAAUAUUCAAACAACAGUCAAAAACAUAAGUCAAACCAAAAUUCACAGAAGGCCGAUGUUAUUCCAAACAUAAUACCUUUGGCCGAUUGCCAGAGAGAUUUUCAAAAGCCCAAUUCUAAUAUAAUGCCAAAACAAGAAGAAUCGAAUCUGAGAGCCAAAUCAAAAACCAACAAGGAAAAACUUUUCCGCCUAUCUGAAGCGCGAUCUUCACAACGUAAGCGAAGGUCCAGCCACAAACGCAAAGAAAAACGUUUAUCCAUAGACAAGUUGUCUAAUGUGGACGCAGGUACAAACUAUUUACGCAGACGAAAAGAUUCAAGCAUACGAAACUCUGUACGCAGUAAACUGGCCCAAAAGAACGCCGAAAUGAAUUCCCUAUACGAGAGGGAAUAUGCCCUUACCAAACAACUCGCCAACAAAUGUAAGCUGUACAAACUUCAAAAUGAACUCUACAGAGACCCCGACAACGAUCUCGACAUUUCCGUGGGACAAAUUCAGCACAACAUAGAGGCCUAUGCCAGAGAAAUUAUUCGUACGGAGCAUGAGCUGCUUGAAGUUAAAAAAGAAAUAAAAAACGACAUUUCGAUCAUAAACAAUCUCAAGCGAUUGACAUUAGAAUCCGACCGAAAUGAGUGCGGUGUGCCCGUAAACCUGCAAGAAGUUUUAAAACCGGAAAUUCAUCCUGAUCCAAAGGCUUCGACUUCUGUCCACGACCCAACGAGUGAUCAAAUGUUAUUUGUAGACAAUAUUUAUGAAUUCUGUGACAAUAAUGCCAGUAUGUUGGUUUAGUUCCACAUGUGCAUACGUCGAAAACCGACAUAUCUAUACAACUACAUUAAAUGUUUCACUGCCGUCCAAAAAAAUUGCCAAUGAGGCCUUAAGCCUCCGUCUAAAUGUUUUUGUUAAGUUUACUUAAAAAUAUGUUAAUAAGCUAAUUAUGUACGUCGAAAAUAACAAAGCGAAUUUAAAUCGAACAAAUAAAACCAGUUUUAUGCACUC